AUGCGUGACAAAUCGGGGCUCAUUUUGGUCAUUUUCUUAUCGUUUACCGUUUGUCAAGCGGUAGAUGAGGGAAAAUCUCGAUUUCAAAUCCCCUCCUCCACUGAAUUCAAAUGUCAAAACGAGUUCCCCCUCAAAGAAACGGUGAAUCUCUUAAAAAAAAUCGUGGACAAGUAUGGAGAACGACGAAAUGAAAGAGAUGUUGAUGGAAAUGAGUGGACAUCCAUGUUGAUCGAUCAAUCCAAAGAGAUUAAGGUGGAUGGUCGAGAGUUCCGGUUGAAUUCCCCGGAAAAAGUCGAGACAACGUUUUUCUUGGAAAUUCUUGAAUUGCUUGAUGAGGAGAUAUUUGUGGUGCCUGGGCACACAAAAGCUCUCUGGAGUGCUCGACAUCCUGAUAGAACUUUCCUUCUGCAUAAGAUCUCGUUCGAUUGCGGGAAAGACGAGGUGGCUUGCGGUUUACAAUGUUGUUCGUGUCGGACUCGAUCUAUUCAAAAUGAUUUCCUGGAAGAGAUUGCUGAAAAGAGGAAACGAUUCAGGAGAUCACCGACGAGGGUCAUUUCGAGGAAAUACUUUAAUGAUUAUCAAAUCACUCAAAACGGGAUCACGUAUUCACUGGAGCCGAAAUCGGGAAUGAAUUGUCGAUAUCGUUUAAGUCAAUUCGACGAUCUUUACAAGAGAAGAAAUGUUUAUAAUAUAAGGACAGACACCAUUUUCUACAAGUGUCCCCCGGGACACGGUUGCUGCUCGUUGGGCUGUGUGCUGAUUUCUAAAACUCUAGAAAUCUCACAACCACCAUCAGUUGAAUACAUGCUUGAUAGACCUCGUCAAGCCCUUGUUUUUGCUCAAACUUUUUUCAACGAGAACUCCCUCUACAUUUAUGCCCUCUUAAUUUUCCUCGUCGCCUUUCUUUUCAUCAUCAUCCUUGUCGUACACAUCAAAAAAAUUAAAUCGAUGAAUACGAAUUCGCAAAAAUUGGCCCGAAAUCUGCGCCAUAAAACGACGGAGACGCAAACAUCGAUGGCUUCUUUGCUGUUGCUUGAUAGUACCCAAUCGACGAUUCGUCUCAUUCCACCAUCGUCCUUCUCAAUUCAAAUGCGAGACGAUCAAAGUUUCCUCGAAUUGGGAUCUCAUCCCUCAAAAUCCCCUCAUAAACGCCCGCAUUCCUCAAUCGUCGACUACCAAAUUCAACCGAAAUUCAAAUUCCUCUCCUCACCCACCGAUCAACCCUAUUCCUCUCCAACAUUUGACUAUUACAGUCAUACGUGGAACCCAAAAAAAAGCUACGAUUCGUCGAAUCCCUACCAAUCAACAACUCUUCCACGAAAUGUUUCCACUUUUAAACCGUUGAACACUUCUCCUUUGAAAGGCAUC